ACAACAUAUUCACUGCUCGCAGGAAUAGUAUUAUCUUUUCAUCAUACUGUAAAGUGUUUGAGCUUCUUCCAGCCAGACAUGUAUGCAAAUUACAUUCACAGCCAAAAGCAGAAGUUGGUGUUAGAAACAGACUUAACAUAACUCAGGAAACAAUAACUUCUCUCAUGUAUGCCCUGUGGUUCAAAUAUAUUACUCUUCUCCGUCUACGAGUCACAAAAAAACAGACAGAAAGACUGUAAGGAUGGCAGAGGACGAGGUUAACUACGCAUCAGUUGUAUUUAAAUCUAACCAACAACAAAGAUCAGAAGUUAAAAAGGAGGAAACAGUGUAUGAUGAAGUGAAGGUGCAAAAUAAGGCAACAGAACAAACUCCUGACACAAAUGCCUCUGCAGAAUUCUUGUCUGACAAGAAAUCAAACCGCGGAUGUCGCCACUAUCAGCAGUUGGCUUGUUGUUUGGGCACGCUUUGUAUAAUUUUGGUGUUGGGCAUCAUAGCAGUCGUUGUCUAUAAUGUCACAUUAAUUCAUGAGAAUGAUGAAACUGAGCUGAACCAACUGAAAGAAAACCAAACAACUUUAAAUGCUGUCAAUCGUAACCUGACAAAACUCAACAACAAACUCAGCUCAGACAAUGAAGACUUGAAGAGGAACCAAACCGAGCUCACACUCCACAUAAACAACCUGACUCAAGUUGUCACUGUCUUUGAAAAAGAGGUGACAAACCUGACUGAAGAAAACCGGAACCUUCAAAAGAAAAAUGAGGAGCUGGAGACUCAGAAUGAGGAGCUGGAGACAGAGAAGAAAAACCUAACAGACCAAAUACGAAACUUGACGACAUCAUGGAAUGAGCUCAAUGUUAGUCGAGCCCAGUGGAGUAUUGAUGCCUACUGUCCCAAGGACAAGGACAAGAUCAAUAACAACCGAAAGUGUAAUGUUUGUCAGGAUGGCUGGCUUCCCUUCCAGUCAGACUGCUAUGCAAUUAAUAAUGCUGAUCCUCCUGAGCAGAAAACCUGGGAAGGUGCUCGAGGAAACUGUACAGGAAAGAGUUCAGAUUUGGCUGUUGUGAAUAAUGAAACAGAAAAGAAUUUUGUCACUGGCAACAACUGGUGGAAUUCAGGAAACAGUGCAUACUGGAUUGGUCUGAGAGUCGAAGGUGGGAACUGGAAGUGGGUGGAUGGAAGGAAUCUGACUUAUACCUCCUGGAUCACAACGUCUCCUACUGAUGGUCAGUGUGCAGUUUCUGUGAAAAAUGAAUUUAAAUCAGUGAGCUGUGAUGAGAAGAACGGAUGGAUCUGCAAGAAGAAAGCUUUAACUCUUUGAAAACUGCAGUAAAAUGUCACAAGACUGCUGGAUGUUCUGAAAAUAUAAUAUUAUUAUUGUUCUUAUCAGUAAAAAUAGAAUUCAUUAUAUAAAUAUAAUAAAAUAUGAACACUGCUUUAUUAUUUUUGUGUAUUUAAAAGAAACCUGUAAUUUAAAAUAUUGUACUUUUACUAGAAAAAAAAGAAAGUAAAAAAUGAAACAGUUUUUUCAAUCAAAUAAUUGCCAUAUUGUUACUGACUUUUUCUUUUUAACAAAAGUUUUAAACAAACGUUGUAGCUUAAACAACACUGUUCAAACUGCUGUAACAUGUUUAAUCAAGAUGAGGAAGAAGGAGAGCUGGCCUCUACAUUUGGACUGUCAACAUCAGCCACAGAGCAGCAGAGAAGAACAGGAAGUCCAGCUUAUUAAAUGCUUUGUCUUUUAUAUAUAUUCUUUGUCAAAUCAGUUUUUCAACAUUGUUAUUAUAGUUUAUUUGCUUUUUUUUUUUAAAUUUUCGUUUUCUUUCAGUUUUAAAUUUUCCAAAUUAGAUUCAAUUACUUUUCAGUGGCUCCAUAGUUUAGUUGCUAACACGUUCAAUUAGCAAUUGGAGGUUCACUGGUUUGAUUCCUGCAGGACAUGCAAAUUCCCCUUGGGCUCACAUCAGGAAGAGCUUCCGAUCUAAAAUACUAGCAAAUCAAACACACAACCCUUGUAAAAGGGGAGCUGCUGAAAGUAACAUACAGAUUCAGUUAUUUUCAGAGAAAAUUUACAGUUUUAGGUUUAUUUUAAAAGUUAUUAACUUGAAUUUAGUUUCUAUUAGGCUCAAUGCUAAUUUUAGUUAAACUAUAACAUGGUAAUAGUUUAGCACAGGGCAAUAUCUAAGAAGCUCAGAAUGGUUAUUGGAAAUGUUCGCUCUGCAUAAAAAUCCUCAUGUAUACAUCCAUAAUUUUUCAUAAAAGGUCUGAAAAUAAGUUGCUAAACAAAGUUUUUUUUAGUUUAGAUGUAUGGUAGUUUGCUUACUCAUUAAUCCCAAGAUUUUCAGUUAUCGUCUGUAACCUUGUUAUGAUGUGCUUGAGUCCUAAAAUUUAUUUUGAAAAAUGA